AUGGAUCGAGCCGCAGAUGCUGUCGACGCAGCGCCUUGGCUCCAGCUGCUCGAGCAGUACAAGGCCGCGUCGGCUGCUCACUCCCCAUCCGCCGCGUUGGUCGCAAGCGAGCUUGAAACCUAUACGCAUCUCGAAGCGCAUUUGACGCUGUUGAGUCAGCAAUUGGCCCGGGAUGCAUCUUUGCGACAGCCUUUUGUGGACUCGACGUCCUUUUCUUCUGUGUUAAAUGCCCUCGACGCAUUCUUUCCUGUAUUCCAACAGAUUCAGAACGAUCGCCCUUGCCCCAAAGAACACAAAAAAGACGCUCUGCAGAAUCAUCAGCCGUCAAUGCGCGCCCAGGAGCAAGAUGCGGAACAAAAUGCCUACCAGCGUGCGUGUCAUAUCGCCACAAUGUUGAUACGGAUCAGCCGCAACGCCAUGGCAGCUUGUCCUGAUGCUCAGGACUUUCUAUGCCAUCGGUUCGACCUUGUCGCUCCUUUCUUGGAGAACAUCACGCGCUUUCACACCUUGAACGAUCCUGAAGCAACGCUUCUGUCUCGAUCAGCGGCUCAGAUGCUUUCCAACUUGAUCACCGCAAAUCGCAACGUUCAGCGUCAAAUGUGGCCUCGCAUCGUCAUUUGCGAAACAAGUCAAGACAAACUGCUCCUCAAGUUGCUAUCUUCGCCUGACACGGCUACACAGAGCGCUGCGCAAAUUCUCCUGAUCAACUUCCUGCGAACGCAAGAUUGGAUCGCCGAUGCUGAUGAGCGUUGCCAUCAAUUAUGUACGACUCCUGCAGGUCAAGAGCUCCUCGAAUCGCUGCUCGGAAUCUCAGAGAGCAUCAUGCUACGGACUGCAUCAGAAACUCAAGCCGGUUUCGAUCAAGGUUACGAGUCAGGCUCAGACAAUGAAGGACUCGAAGAGUCGCUUGGCUUUGUCUACACGGUCUUUGCAACGUUGUUUGAGCGAGGCUGCAGCUCUUUUCUCAUUUCAGCCCUUGCGCCUGUAGCAGAGCUUUCAUCGUCAUCGUGCGAUGCAUCAGAAGCCGAUCUUCCGAUGAUCUCGAGUUCACAACUCACGUUACUCAAACUGCUCGACAGCUGGCUCCAUCUACAGCAGAAAUCAGCAGUUAAGCCGCCGUCCAUCUCGACAGAUGGGACUGCCAGUCCAUGGGUGUUUGAGCUUGUAGGCGCUCCACCGCGCAGAGGCUCUGCCGAGGAUAGAGCACUAAGACUCGCUGGCCUGGCUGGGCUCAUCGAUGCUUUUAUCUACCUUUCUCGAUUUGCUCGCAGCGCAAUGGCGGGUGGCAUAGCCAAGGAUGGCGUGUCGGCGGAUCAGCAGCCGCAGGAUCGGAGGCUCAUCGGCGUGCACCACGGUCUGCUCUUGCUACUCCAGAGCCUCUUGUCCAUCAGCAUGGCUGCUGACGGAUGGAGUAUUGUGAUGUCCUCGGUCGACGAGCCAUCCAAGCCACAGACGUACAGCUUUGUUGAUCUCUCGCGCGCACUGCUUUCCGACAUGCGUGGCAAUGACGCUUUUAUUGACGAGCUGGUAGCACUUUUGGAUCAGACACAUCAAUACGCGCCUGCACUAUCGCCUUUUCGACCUCGAGACGCGACUUUUGAUUCAAAGACUGGCACAGCGGCCCCUGGUGACGGAAGCCAAGAUCGUCCGUUACCUCGCGGCCAUGCGCUGUCAUCUACCGGCCGAGCCGCGCACGAAUCCAAAGGCACUCAACCUGGCUAUGGCUUUGAUCAUCUGAAGCGCGACAUUGUGCGAGUUCUCGGUUCGCUUGUCUACACGCCAAAGCAGGCCGCACAGCUAAAUGCCGAGCUCUCCCAUACCAGCGAUGAAGGGGCUCGCACAUCAGACUAUGCAUUGACCAUGCAGCAGAUUCGGCACGUCCAAGACCGCACACGCGUGAGAGGCGGACUGUUUCACGUUCUCAACAUGACGGUUCUGGACGAGCGCAACCCCUAUAUGCGAGAACAUGCGAUUUUUGCGUUGAGAUACCUGCUCGCAGGCAACACGCAGUCUCAAAGCCUCGUUGGCUCUUUGCAGCCAGCGCAAUCAGACGCAAACGGAGGCGGAAUACAGUUGCCCAUGGUUUAG